AUGAGGUAUAGAAAAGAACAUAAAGCUGAAGAACAGAGAACUUUCAAGUAUGAGGGAAGAAAAGAGAACUUAGAAGCUGAAGAUGAGAACAGAAAAACAGACAGAAGACUAUCAAGAAUUAUUUUAAAAUUUAUAGGUCUGCUCUUGCAUUAUUUUAUAGAUAUUCUCAAAUUCGCUUUUCACUAUAUAUUCGAUGCAAGAUUGAAUAGAAAAGGUGAAUUAUACCCCUAUCAUAAAUCUGGCAAAUAUGAACCAACAAGCAAAUAUGGGUACCGUUUUUUUUUAAUUUCUAAUAAAGUACAAAACAUAGGUUUUGGAUUUGAGUAUAGAGGAGUAUACUACUUCAGUAAUGCACAUUUCAGCGUUAAUACAAAAAAUCUGAUGAUAGAUGGGAAAGAAAUCAGGUUAUACCAACAGGGAUUUACAGUGCUAUGUUCAAGAAGAAUACAUAAUAUGAAGAAGCCAAAGGAUGGUGAAGAUUUGUAUUUGCUGAAUCCUUAUAUGCAAACUAUAAAGGGAAAAUGCAUUUACAAAGAUCCCUUUUAUUAUUCAUUUUUCCCAAUUGAUUCCGUAUGUAGAGAGUUUACAGGAUUGCCAAUAACUAAUAAUAAGGGAGAACUGGUAUCAAUAUAUGAUAAUUUCAGAAAAAUGGAUAAUUUAGUGUAUAAUAAUAUUGGGGAUGCUGAGCUAUGGAGAGAGGAACAAAAUAUCUCGUCUCUGAACUACAAGGUGGAAAGAAUUCCAACAGAAUAUGGUGGUUUGAAAGUCUAUAGGAUCAUAUCUGAGCUUGGGAAUAGAGAAGGUAAAAAUGAUGAUGAUGAUGCAAUUAUUGGAUAUUUUUUCAGUUACAAUUCAAUUACGUACGUUUCUGGAGCAUUUAUUGACUCCGGAAAACUAAAUUCAUCAUUGUCACUAGAAAAUGACGGAGAGAUUGAAAGGAUUGUGGAAUAUUCAAAUUUAUAUAGAGAAUUAUGGAUUUCAUCACCUGAUUCAAAACAUAACCUAAGUUUACCAGAACAAGAUGAAGAAGUCUUUGUUUUGAGUAUCACUGGAGAUAAACAAAAGGAAAUAAAAGGGACCGUGAAAAUGGAUACAAAUCAGCAGUUUUGGGUAGAAUUUGAUGGAGUCCCAAAUAGAGAAUGUUUGGGACUACCUAUAUUAAAUAAAAACAGCCAAUUAAUAGGAGUAUACAAUGAAUUUAACAUAAAAAAUGGCUUUAGAAAGCUUAGAUAUUCGGUUUAUCUAGGUGGCCCAAACACAUUCAAAAGCCACUUUCUAAAAAUGAACUUUAAAAAUCCAAAUAUACAAAUUCUUGAAGCGAAUUAUGAUAUGGAAAUUCUCGAACAGAUCGUUUCUCUUUGUUCUAUAGAUAUUGAAAAUGAUGAUAAAUAUUGUGGUAAAUUGGUAAAUAGGGUCAUUUUUGGAGUUGGAAGUGAAGAUAUUCUGCAAAAAAUUUACGAUGAUAUUAAUUUAGUUCUAAAAAAAUACUCGAAUUUACCCCUGGAUAAUGUUGUUUCAAUUGUAAAUAACUCUUCUAUUAAAUACACGGAGGUACAAGACAAAAAGUUUAUUCUGGCAAAUAUUGGUUGGAUUGGAUACUCCCACCUUAAUAGCAAUAACUCAUUUCCUUUUAAUUCUCCUAAAAGUCUUCUAAUAGUAUUCUCUCACUCUUCAUCCAUGUUAACUGAGGAGCUUCUUGAAAGCUAUUACAAAAGUGCAAAUAAAGCAAAACGUGGAUUUUAUUUGAGAUUAAUUUCAAAUAACUAA